CUAGAUAGAUUUAUAAAGAUAGAUAUGAUGGACACAGAUAGCGAUGAUGACUCUGAUGACUUCCAACCAAGAGCAUUCCAGGUCGAUGGUGAGUUCAUACCAGGUGAAAAUGAUGAGGAACCAUUAACAGGUGAGGAGUAUCUAAGGCGUGUAAGAUGGGCCGCCAAUAGAUGUCCAAAGGUGGUAGUAGCCAACAUUGACUACUCAAAGAUCAAUAAUAGACCUUCGAGCAAGUACUUUACGCCACCACCAAAGUUAACAAAGUGUAGAGAGGAGCUGAUGCCAAGUGCUGAAUGGGAGACACACUUCUUGGCCUCAUUCUCAGAGUAUAGACAACGACUACAGUAUCAGUUGAGCAAUAAUCAACCAUCAAUCAAUCAAUCAACUCAUUCAAUCAAGUUGCCACAUCUCAAUGAUAAGAAGUCAUGGUCAGUCUAUUGCUUUGGUUCAACGCCCUCUUCAUCUUCAUCUUCAUCGUCAUCGUCGGCAUCAGCACAGUCACCACCUGCUGCCAAUAUUACUACUUCAUCAGUUGGCAAUCAACCUAGCACUGGUGCACUUGGUCAAAUGGAUCACUUGAUGAUCGUUCAAUUGAUUGAAUAUCAUGUCGAAUGGUUGGAGGCAAAGGAACUUAGCAAAGAGAGAUCAUCAUGGUUGUACACACUUCUAUCACUACUUGAGAAACCAAUCGAUGCUGACACAAGUGCAAAUCUAAGAUCAUUACUACGUCGUCUAGCAGUACUUCGUUCAAAGAUUGACGAUGUCAAUGAUCCGAUACUACCAUCAAUCAAUAUUCUAAUCACUAUCGUUGCAAAGUACUUCAAUCAAUUGGAACCUGAUGAU